AUGGGCUCGAUCAGUGACGAGAAGUAUGACUACGAUGUGAUAGUUGUUGGUUCGGGCAAUGCAGGUUUCUCAGCCGCUGCCGCUGCAAAAGAACAUGACCCAAACCUUCGAGUACUUCUGCUUGAGAAGGCACCCGAGGAGUGGGCUGGCGGGAACAGCACGUUCACCGCCGGCGCAUAUCGCACAGUCUUCCACGGGCUCGACGAUGUGCUUCCACUGGUCAACAAUGCUCCCCCCGAUGUCGCCAGCCGGAUCGAUAUGUCGCCGUACAUGGAGGAGGAUUUCAUGCACGACCUGCAACGUGUGACGAACGGUAAGACUGAUCCAGAGCUAUCGAAGGUCCUGGUCAGGGAGAGCAGAGCGACAACGAAAUGGCUGGCGAAGAACGGUAUACAGUUCCAAUUCAGCUUCAAUCGACAGGCAUAUGAGAUCGACGGAAGAUUUAAGUUCUGGGGAGGAAUGGUGCUGAUGGUCGAGGACGGCGGUAAGGGACUGACAAGAAUGCAUCAGGCCAAUGCGCGGCGGAAAGGCGUGGAGGUCCUGUACGAGUGUCCAGUCGUGGGCUUGGUGCGAGAUGAGCCAACUGGACCAGUAGUGGGCGUCGAGGUCCGAAUGAGAGGCAGCGACAGAACGAAGACGAUCCGCUCGAGAGGCGGUGUGAUUCUGUCCGCCGGUGGCUUCGAGGCAGAUAGCGAUAUGAGGGAGAAGCAUCUUGGUCCGGGAUGGUCUAAGGCGUACGUCCGGGGUACACCUCAUAAUACCGGCGAUUUGCUCAAGCUGGCCAUGAAAGCUGGCGCCGCAACCGUCGGCUUCGACCCAGUCUCUGCUGGCUGCCACGCGACUUGCUGGGAUGCCAACGCUAGCAAUACCACUGGUGACCGCGUUCUCUCCAAUCAGUACACAAAAUCAGGAUAUCCGCUGGGGCUGAUGCUCAAUACGCAAGGAAAGAGGUUCGUCAACGAAGGGAUAGAUAUGCGGAACUAUACGUACGCUGUGUUCGGCAAGGCAAUCCUCCGACAGCCCUCGGGCGUCGUCUUCCAGGUCUGGGAUGCAGAUGGUACCAGCUGGCUGCGGAAGGAGGAAUAUGCGCCGGAUGUCGUGCAGCGAAUCACUACUGAGUCGUUGCAAGAACUCGCGAAAAAGCUGGCGGAACAAGGCUUGCAGGCUCCAGACGACUUUGUACGGACCAUUGAAGAGUACAACGCUGCUGUUGCUGAGCAUCGGAAGGAGAACCCAGACGUCAAGUUCGAUCCAUCGAAGAAAGAUGGUCUGUCGACUCGGUCUUCUGGAGGCGGACUGGAGCUUGACAAGACCAAUUGGGCACUACCGAUCGCGAAGCCGCCCUUCUUGGCUGUAAAGGUGGCCUGUGGUGUCACGUUCACGUUCGGUGGUCUCAGAGCAGACCCGAAUACUGCUGCUGUACUCGCCGACGAGCAGGACGGAAGCAGGUGGCGGCCGAUUGAAGGUCUGUUUGUUGCUGGGGAGAUGCUCGGAGGCUUGUUCAACGAGAAUUACCCUGGUGGCUCAGGUUUGACUGCUGGAGCUGUGUUUGGUCGGAAAGCAGGGACUGCUGCUGCGAAGAGGGCACUUGAAAAGAGCUAG